AUGCUACCCUUGCUCCUUCACCAACCCCUUCUAGGCACACCAGGCCCAGGUACUCCCACCAACGCUCCACCGUCAGUCAAGGCGACCUCGUCGGCUCGCAAACAAGUUCGCGCAGAACAAAAGAGAGGGUUUCCUAGAAUACAGUACGCCGCUCGUGUCAGUCAUUUCGACCCACGUUCAGAGUAUGCCAACUUCAGAGGCUUCUUCGUCCUCUUCUGGAUCGCCUUGACCAUCAUGGUCCUUACCACAGCGUUGCGCAACCUGAAAGAGACGGGCUACCCUCUGAGCAUGCGCCAAUGGGGCUUGUUUACGAAAAACAUUUAUGAGAUGGCCGUAAUCGACUUGGUAAUGGUGGCUAGUACUGGCAUAAGUCUGCCUUUGAACUUGAUGUUCAAGAACAGCAAAGGUUGGCUACAGUGGGAGCGUCAGGGGAUGGCUGUCCAGAGCAUCUUCCAGGCCUUCUGGUUGCUGCUCUGGGUUAGCUGGCCUUUCUUGCGAGACUGGACUUGGACGGCCCAAGUUUUCUUCACUCUGCACCUUCUCGUCAUGUUUAUGAAGAUGCACUCAUAUGCCUUUUACAACGGUCAUCUAGCCAACACGCUGCACCGUUUGUCUGCACUGGACGAUCCUGCUGCCAACACUUCCACUGCUGCUGCCGUCAAGUAUCCUUCUUCUCAAACACCAAUUGCCGACAUUGGCGAUAAACUAGAGGAGGAAGAAACGGCCGAAGCAGAUUCCGUGACACAGCUGAGGGACGACUUGGCCAUGGAACUCGUUUCUCCGUUCGGACGUCUCACCUACCCACAAAACUUGACAGCCGCCAACUAUGUCGAUUUCCUACUUUGUCCAACACUGUGCUACGAGCUUGAGUAUCCUCGUACGAGCUCUCGGUCUUACCUCGAGAUCUUCUGGAAGACUUUGGCCGUUGUUGGAUGCAUUUUCUUGCUCACAAUUACUUCCGAGGAAUUUAUCAUCCCGGUGCUCGAUGAAUCUGCUGAAAGACUCGAACACCAGCACAACUGGCAAGAGGGAAGUCUGGUCUUUGCAGAGACGGUUAGCAGAUUGCUAUUCCCGUUCAUGGUUGCAUUCUUAUUGGUAUUCCUUGUCAUCUUUGAAUACUUACUCGGCGCUUUCGCCGAGAUCACAUGCUUUGCCGACCGACAAUUCUACUCGGACUGGUGGAACAGUCUGGAUUGGCUCGAGUUUUCACGCGAGUGGAACGUUCCUGUCCACCACUUCUUCCGCCGCCAUGUCUACUCGGCUUCUCGCAAUACCAUGUCUCGUCCCGUGGCCACCUUCAUCACUUUCCUGGUGUCCAGUAUAGCGCAUGAGUUGGUCAUGGGCUGCAUCACACGCAAGUUCCGUGGCUAUGGCUUUGUCGCCAUGAUGUUGCAAAUGCCGAUUGUCCUGGUUCAGCGCAGCCCGUGGAUCCGUAAUAGAACCAUCCUCAACAACGUGCUGUUCUGGUGUAGCAUGAUCUUGGGUCUGAGCAUGAUGUGCGCCUUGUACGUUCUCUUGUAG